GUAUUUACACUUGUGUUCCGGGGUCGGUCAGUCAGUGUACACAGUUAAAUAAUAUAAUCAGUUUGUACCUUUUUCCCUUUUCUUUUCACAUAUUUAUAACACGGACCAUUCGGAGGAGACUGAUUUAUUUCUAAGAAGAAGAGACAAUUAGACUUCGGCACCGUCUGGACGUCUGUAAAGAUGAAUUUCUUGAGAGGAGUGAUGGGUGGGCAGGCAGCCGGGCCACAGCCGUCUGGAGCGGACACGAUCCAGAAGUUGUGUGACCGGGUAGCCUCCUCAACGCUCCUAGAAGAUCGCAGAGAUGCUGUCCGUGCUCUUAAGUCCCUCUCUAAGAAAUAUCGCAUGGAAGUUGGCACACAGGCGAUGGAUCACUUGAUUAACAUACUGCAAACUGACAGGUCUGACUCUGAGAUCCUGGGCUAUGCUUUGGACACAUUGUACAACCUCAUCUGCAACGAUGAGGAGGAGGAGCAAGAUGAAUCAGAAGACGCUGUAACCCAUAUCCCUGUCUCAGGGAAGCGUAAGAAUGCUUCCGCGCCUGACGAGACUGCACAGAAGCAGGCAGAUGACCUCGGUGCUCAGUUCACAGAAAUGUUCAUCCAGGAUCCUGAACACGUGACCCUGCUCCUCACUCUACUGGAGGAUUUUGACUUCCAUGUACGUUGGCCCGGGGUGAAGCUAUUGACUGCUCUCCUAAAGAACCAGGGUGUCCAGCUCCAAGGGAUCAUUCUAGUCAGCCCCAUGGGUGUUUCCAGAUUGAUGGACCUGUUGGCAGACUCUAGGGAGGUGAUUCGCAAUGAUGGCUUAUUGCUGCUUCAACAGCUGACAAAAAGCAAUGCUGCCAUUCAAAAAAUUGUGGCCUUUGAAAACGCAUUUGAACGUCUUCUAGAUAUCAUCACAGAGGAGGGCAGCAGUGAUGGAGGUAUUGUGGUGGAGGACUGUUUGCUCCUGCUGCUCAACCUGCUAAAGAACAACAGCUCCAAUCAAAACUUCUUCAAGGAGGGCUCCUACAUCCAGAGGAUGAAGCCCUGGUUUGAGGUCGGGGACGAUAACUCUGGUUGGUCCGCACAGAAAGUCACCAACCUCCACCUCAUGCUGCAGUUGGUGCGCGUCAUGGUGUCUCCAGUGAACUCUCCUGGAGCCACUGCCAGCUGCCAGAGGUCCAUGUACCAGUGUGGUCUGCUGCAGCAGCUGUGCACCAUCCUCAUGGCCACUGGUGUGCCUGCUGACAUCCUCACCGAGACCAUCAACACCGUGUCCGAGGUUAUCAGAGGCUCGCAGAUCAACCAGGACUACUUUGCCUCCGUCAACGCUCCGUCAAAUCCACCAAGACCAGCCAUCGUGGUGCUGCUCAUGUCCAUGGUGAAUGAGAGGCAGCCAUUUGUGCUUCGCUGUGCUGUGCUCUACUGUUUCCAGUGUUUCCUCUACAAAAACCAGAAAGGACAGGGGGAGAUAGUGGCUACACUGCUGCCCUCCACCAUCGAUGCUAACUCCAUCUCAGCGGGCCAGCUGCUGUGCGGAGGCCUGUUCUCAGCAGACUCUCUGUCUAACUGGUGUGCCGCUGUGGCAUUGGCUCACGCCCUGCAGGACAACCUCACUCAGAAGGAGCAGCUGCUGAGGGUCCAACUCGCCACCAGCCUGGGAAAGCCCCCUGUCUCCCUGCUGCAGCAGUGCACCAACAUCCUCUCGCAGGGCAGUAAAGUUCAGACGCGGGUCGGCCUCCUCAUGCUGCUGUGUACGUGGAUCAACAACUGUCCGAUAGCUGUCACACACUUUUUACACAACCAGGAAAACGUUCCCUUUCUGACGGCUCAGAUCUCUGAGAACCUGGGAGAGGAUGAAAGGCUGGUGCAGGGCCUGUGUGCACUACUUCUUGGGAUCUGCAUCUAUUACAACGACAACUCGCUGGAAAACUACACCAAAGAGAAGCUAAAGCAGCUCAUCGAGAAGCGGAUCGGGAAGGAGAACUUUGUAGAGAAACUGGGCUUCAUCACUAAACAUGAGCUGUACUCGCGGGCGGCCCAGAAGCCGCAGCCCGUCUUCCCGUCUCCAGAGCAAAUGCUGUUUGACCACGAGUUCACCAAGCUGGUCAAAGAGUUGGAGGGUGUGAUCACCAAAGCGGUUCAUAAGUCCAGUGAGGAGGAGAAGAAGGAAGAGGAGGUUAAGAAGACGUUAGAGCAGCAUGACAACAUCGUAACACAGUACAAAGAGCUGAUCAGAGAACAGGAUGCUCAGAUCCAGGAGCUGAAGGAGCAGGUGUCGACCAUGUCAGCUCAGAACGAACAGAUGCAGACUUCACUCACACAACAGCUGUCCCAGAUCCAGCAGCACAAAGAUCAGUACAACAUCCUCAAGCUGAAAUUAGGUAAGGAUAACCACAGUCAGUCAAACAGUCAGGGAGACGGCUCGCAGAUGAACGGGCUACAGAUGGAGGAGGUCACGCAGCUCAGAGCGGAGCUGGAGGAGCUCCGCAUGCAACACACACUCCUUCAGACACAACUCGGCGACAAAGACACACUCAUCAACAGCCUGAGGUCAGAGCCGUCCAAGACAGCAGAGGGUUCAGCAGCAGAGUCAGACAACUCAGAACUGCUCAAGGAGCUGGAGGCUCUGAGGAGUCAGGUUCAGUCACAGUCUGCAGAAAUCAACCAGAUGAGGACAGAAAGAGAAGAGCUGCUGAGGAGAGCGGAAGCUGCAUCCUCAGAAGCAGCUCCCUGCAGUGACAGCUCAUUAGAUGCUCAGAAGAUGGCAGAACUAGAGAGCAGACUCGCAGCCCAGACGAACGAGACGGAGAGACUCAAGGCGGAGGCAAAGAGCUUGUCACAGAGCCGGCUGGAGCUGGAGCAGCAGCUUGCUUCAGCCACCAGCACGGUGGCCAUCCUCCAGACAGAGAAGGCUAAGCUACAAACAGAGGUGCAGGAGUCUAAGAAGGAGCAGGACGACCUGCUGAUGCUGCUGGCGGAUCAGGACCAGAAGAUCCACAGCCUCAAACAGAAACUCAAAGACCUGGGAGAGACGGUGGACGAUGAGGAUGACCUCGACACUAGGGACCAAACAGACGACGACUACGAGGAGGAAGAAGACGAGGACUAGAGGAGAAGAAAAGAAAAAACACUGAAAGAAGCAAAAGGAGAGAUUUGACUGCCAGAAGGCAAGAAAGGACUUUUCAGAAACACACCUGAGAAACUGAACUGGAGGACUAAUACUGAAAGUUUCUCUCCCUGGCUGCCAUGCUAUGUUCAUUUUUCUUUAUACCAGUUCAUCACAUCAUGCAUACGUGUUAGUUUAAAAGAUGUGUUUUAGCUCCUGAUGCUGUUUAUUCAGAACAGCAAAAACAUAUAAACAUGUCAGUUAAUUCAUCUCUGCCACCUUCUCAGCAUCAGAUUGUGAUGGAUUUUUACCAGUUUUGUGUUGAUUGUAACAUAUUGUCACAUAGUGUUAGGUUCACUUUAACACAUAAGCCACCUGGGGAACUCACAGAUGAGGAUAUAAAAUGUAGCAAAAAAUACAAUUAGCAGAUUUAAUAUUCUUACUUCAUCAUAAUGCUGGUGAAAUUUGCUGGGAGGGUUUCCCCGCUCCCUCCCUUAUUGACACAGCAUCAGGACCCCCUGAAGCGUAUCACUGUGCUGACCACUCAAUUUAUCUUCAUACCCAUUGGUCAGUCCAUGUUCAGUGUAUCACAGUAUUUCAGCUCUGAGUUGUUUCAUUUCACACUCAAAAAAAAAAAAAAAACCUAACUGCUCUACAAUAUGCUGCAAGAAAAAAACACUGACAGAAAAAGAUGUAAAGACAAAAAAGAUAUUUUUGCAACUUUUUGUCCAGUUCUGGCAUCCAGCUUCUGUAUGAUAUUGUGUAACUUAUCAAUAUAUGAGCCACAUUGAUAUGAAUAAAGAAUCUAUUAGUCUGUAUGCCUGUAUAGUGGGAUAAUUGUAGAUAAAUUAAAUUUUACUAAAUCCACAGAGA